AUCAAGUAACCCUUCAAACCAAGGGUUCCAGUUUCAGAAUUUCAACCUGUCUUCCAUGAGACUCAAAUGAUCUGAUAUGGGAGAUCUCCUCUGAUUCUCUCCCCGCAGUGGCUCCAAAUAUGUGGAAGAGGAAUCUAUGGACUCCCCUCUCCCCCAUUCUCCGCAGACGCUUCCCUUCAUUCUCACCCAAUUCCACUCUAAACAUCCCUUCUUCCACCAUUUUCUCUUCUCCAUGUUCCUCAACUGCCCAAUACUCUAGGGUUUUCUGGUCUUCCAGUUAUGAUUUUCUCGGGAGUGUCAAGUUUUCUCGGAAACUUUGCUCCUCGCAAUCGGCUGAGCAAGUCCAUGUCAGGUGUUGGAACUGUAAAGCUGCUGCCCAAACGACGCCAUUUCUGGCUUGCGACUCUUGUCGCAGUGUUCAACCUGUUGAUCCCUCUGUGGAUUACUUCCAGAUAUUUGGACUGGAAAAGAAGUAUGAACUUGAGGAUAAUAAUCUUGAAGGGAAGUACAAAGAUUGGCAGAAGAAAUUGCACCCUGAUCUAGUUCAUUCGAAAUCUGAGGAAGAAAAAGAGUAUGCUGCUGAACAGUCUGCCCGGGUAAUUGAUGCAUAUCAAACUCUCAGUAAGCCAUUGGCAAGGGCAAUAUACGUUUUAAAGCUUGAAGGCGUGGAUGUUGAUGAAGAGCAAACAAUUUCAGAUAUCAGCUUUCUGGCUGAGUGGUUGCAGUGGUAUGGUGGACCUGGAGGUGGCUGGAGCUGUUGUCUUGUGGCAGAACUGGUGUAUACAAUUAUGGAAAUCAGGGAAGCUGUUGAAGAGGCUGUGAACUCUGAGACUUUACUUCAGAUCCAGUCUCAGGUACAGGAGAAGCUGAAACACUGGUCUCAAUCCUUCUCAAAUGCAUUUCAAAGUCGGAAAUUUGAAGAAGCUGUGAUUUCUGUUCAGAGAAUGACAUAUUACAUACGUGUAAAUGAUGAAAUCAUGAAGAAACUCUGAUAUAGGCAGGGUAAUGAAAAUUUUCUGAUCAUGACAUCAUCUAACAAUCUACAGGCUCAAGUUUUGCAAGCAGAUGGCUCCAACAAUGAUCUUAGGAUGGAAUUUUGAUGAAGGCCUGGUCGGCAAUUCUCUCCUAUACCAUCAAGGCAAGACAAUAAACUCACUCUGAAACGGGGCUUGGAGAUGAAGAUAGUGAGGCAAACUCAACCAUAUAUUUAUUGCAGAAAAUUCCUAUCAUGAGCUUGGAUGUCCUUUUUACAUUUUUUUCUUCUUUUUCAAAAGUUUGGAAUUCAUCCUCCGAAAAAGAAUGAUGUGCCAAGAAAACAUGCACCAAUAAAAGAAGAGAAAUAAUGGGUCUCAUGUUGAUUUUCUGGGUUCACCUCCUGUGCUGAGGUGAAGAAAUCUGUUCCCAUAUGACAGAAAACCCUAGAUUCAUAAUCUGAUUUCUUUGCUUUUCCUACCGUUUUCUA